AUGCCGAGGACGCACACACCGCCUCGCUCGGGACCGCAUUCCAUCGCGCCCGUGGCCUCGAUGGGGGCAAAAUUGCGCACGCGCCUCACCGAUCUCGUGCCCGCGCUCGAGCACCCGAUCGUGUGCGGUGGGAUGCACCACGUGGGCUACGCCGAGCUCGCGAGCGCGGUGUCCAACGCGGGCGCGCUCGGAACCGUCACGGCGCUGACGCAGCCGUCGCCCGAGGCGCUGCGGGCGGAGAUCGAUCGAGCGCUGCGCAUGAUCACGCGAACGGAUGGACGCGGACGGAAGGCGCCGCUGGCGGUUAAUUUUACGCUGUUACCGACGCUGCGACCGCCGGAUUACGAAUCGUACGCGCGGGUGAUUUGCGAGAGCGCGUGCGCGGUGGUGGAGACGGCGGGCGCGUCGCCAGGGGCGUUCAUCGAGAUGUUUAAGCGCGCGGGGAAGAUUGUGAUACAUAAGUGCACGAGCGUGCGGCACGCUUUGGCGGCGGAGCGAUUGGGAGUGGACGUGGUGUCGAUCGACGGGUACGAGUGCGCCGGGCACCCGGGGACGAAUGACGUCGGCGCGAUGGUUCUGUUGGCGAAAGCGCAGGAGCGGUUGAGAGUGCCGUUUUUGGCGUGCGGUGGGGUGGGGACGGGGCGGCAGCUCGCGGCGGCGCUCGCGCUGGGGGCGGACGGGGUGUGCAUGGGAACGAGAUUCAUGGCGACGAGGGAGGCGCCGAUUAAGGAAGGAAUCAAAAAGGCGCUCGUAAGCGCGGAUGAGAAUCAGACCACGCUCGUGAUGACCACGGUGAAGAACCACGAGCGGGUGUACAAAAACAAGGUGGCGGAGGAGGUGCGCGCGAUAGAGGCGGUAAAACCCGGAGAUUUCGGCGCCAUUCAUCACUUGGUUCGCGGAGAAAAUUAUCGCCAGUCGUUUCAAGAAACUGGAGAUCCCGACUCGAGCGUCUGGAGCGCUGGAUGUGUCAUGGGUCUCAUCGACGACGCUCCUACGUGCGAUGAACUCGUCGCUCGCAUCAUCGACGAGGCCGUGGACGUGAUGACGCGGCGGUUGACCGGCAUGAUCACCCAUGACGCGCGCCUGUAG